GGACGAAAAGCAAGUAUUCGUUGUAAUGAUGAAUUUUGUCCUGUUUGGUACAUUUCCAGCUUUUUGUAUACACGGACGAUAUGAGUGGCGCACCGCUCAGACUGCGGUUUAGAGAAUGAGGAAGUGAGCGGCAGCGCCGUGGGUGAAGAUGGGUGACAUGCUUCCAGCUUGAGAAUCAAGCAACAGGCUGGUCAGAGAGAAAGGAUGCCACACGAGAGGAGAGCUAGUGACUCUACCACACAGACGGCUCCUGUAACCCAUGACGCGACUGAUCGCUGGAUGUUUCGGAGAAGACAGAAAACAUAUAAUUUAUCCUCCUCAUGGUCAAAUCAUUUCAUUAGAGAAAGACAGCAUAACUAACAGUUUGCCAUUUCAAAGAACUUAGAAAGCUGACGAAAUAUCGUACAAAAUGAACAUUAUAUCUGCCAUUAUUGUAUUUGAAAACCUCCAUGAAGUUCGGAGGCUUUGUCACUGGGGUCCGAUCAUCGCACUUACUGUCAUUGCCGUGUGCUCCGCCAUGGCCAUACUGGACUCUAUUAUCUGGUACUGGCCCUUGGACACUACGAGUGGCAGCAUUAACUUCAUUAUGCUCAUCAACUGGACUGUCCUCAUUCUCUACAACUAUUUCAAUGCCAUGUUUGUGGGUCCUGGUUAUAUUCCUUUAAAGUGGAAACCGGAAAAUCAGCGAGAUGCUAUGUACUUACAGUUCUGUAGAGUGUGUGAAGGUUAUAAGGCUCCAAGAUCUCACCACUGCAGAAAGUGUAACAGGUGUGUGAUGAAGAUGGAUCACCAUUGUCCCUGGAUCAACAACUGCUGCGGACAUCUGAAUCAUGCCUACUUCACUACUUUCCUCCUCCUUGCCCCACUGGGUUGCAUCCAUGCUGCUUUCAUUUUCAUUAUGACAAUGUACUCUCAGUUAAACGACAGGAUCUCUUUUGGUUGGAGCUCCGUGAAGAUAGACAUGAGUGCUCCCCGACGUGUCCACUAUCCUAUAAUGCCAUUCAGCAUAUCAGCCUUUGCAGCCAAUCUCUUUGCUCUGGGACUCGCACUGGGCACUACCAUUGCCGUUGGCAUGCUGUUUUUUAUUCAGAUGAAAGUGAUUCUGCGAAACAAAACCUCAAUUGAAGUGUGGAUCGAGGAGAAGGCCAAAGACAGAAUCCAGUACUACCAAACAGGAGAGGAGUUCAUCUUCCCAUAUGACCUGGGAAGUCACUGGGAGAAUUUUAAGCAGGUGUUCACCUGGUCUGGUACUCCAGAGGGAGAUGGCAUUGAAUGGCCCGUAAAUGACAAAUGCCACCAGCACACACUAACUAUCGAGCAGCUGAAGCAGAAAGCUGACAAGCGUGUGAGAAGUGUGCAGUACAGAGCUGUGGAGGACUACAAUGGCGCAUGGUGUCCACUAGGAAAGGGAUUAAACACGUUCUUCAGGUCCCCCUGCACUGAAGAACCCAGGAUCAAACUCACUAAAGGGGAGAUUAUCUUCGCUACAAGAGGAACCAAGUGGUGGAUGUAUGGGGACAAAGUUUUGGAUGAGGAACAGGCCAAAGCUGGACUCCGUGUUAGAGGGUGGUUUCCUCGACGCUGUGUGGAAAAGUGCCACUAUAACUCAGCGAAUUACACACCAGCAUGUGAAGAAAAGAAAGAUAAAUAAGACAAGUUUAGUGUGUUUUACUGUUGGACUUGAGCAAAAAUCAGUCCUUAAGGGUUCUAUGAAUGGUUAAUGUGAUGGUUUUAGCUUUCUUAAUGGGUUCUGCAUAGAAUGGGAAACCAUCUGUUGUCAAGUUCCACAGAGAUCCUUUUAGGAUUCCCAUAAUAGUCGAUUCAUGUUUUUAGACUGAAGUCUGAUUUCACUGUCUCAAUACCGUGCUGUAGAAGUGUUCCUAUCUGAUCUUGAGAUGUCUGAUUUCUAAAUCAUUUCAGUGGAAGAUCAACUGUCUAACUGUCCAAACCAGCAAACUCUGCUUCUUCAUAUGAAUGUGUGUAACUGUGUAACAUUUCCAAAGAGAAUAUAAAUGACGUGGCACAGAGGGAAUAGUUCCUGAAGUGAUAACCCAGAGCUUGUAAGCAUUCCUAUUUAGGAGCUGAGCAAAUGUUUACUUGAAAAUAUUGUUUUCUCUCUUUCUCUCUCUCUCUCUUUGAUGUCCAAGCCGUUUAUGCAACGCCUAUGCCAGCUGUAUCAAGGUCUUAGUCAUGCAAAUACACUGUAUUCUUUGUACAGAAAAAUUUUUUUGAUUUUAUUUUUGAUUAUUUUUGUAAAACUGAUGUAAACCACACAAUAGAAAAGUAAACAUUUCUGCUCUGUAUAAUGUAAUCUUGUUUUUUUUUAAUAAUAUAUAUAUAUAUAUAUAUAUAAAAGGACAAUGGAAAUAAUUUAUUCCGUAAUUCUGCUUUUCAGUGCUUAAUAUUUUCAAAUGUACAUAGUGUUAAAUGAAAAGUUUCAGCAUUUUCCAGCCCAGUCUUUGUGUACUGCAACUGUAGUGAAACCUUUAAACAACAUUUUCAACAUGUUUCCUUGUACUGAGAAAAACAAAAAAAAAAUGUUUGAAUAAAACACACUUUGUAAUAAAA